AUGGAAGAGAAUCCAAGUGUGGAUCUGGCUGGAGCUGGACCAGCCCAAGAUAAGGUAGAGAGCACAGCAGAGCAUCCUGUGCACCAAGAGCCCAUCCAAGAAAUACCUGAGCACCAAGUGACAAGCAGGUCGCCUGAGACCUCCUGCAAACCAGAGGAGGACUCUUUGGUGUGUCAAUCACCAACUGCUGAUGGAGGAGAGACAGCACUGUCAGAUUCAACAGAAGAGGAGAAGGUUCCCCAGGAAACUGAAGUAUCACUGGAAGAAUCUGGGAAAACAGGAGAUGGUGUCCCAGAAAGAUCCUGGGAAGAAGACAACUUGGAUGAAGACAAGCUGGCCCACGAUAAAAGAGAAAGCAAAGGAGACAGCCUUGUCCACCAGGAAACACAGGAGGACCAGGAGACAGACAAGCAAUGUGAAAGCUCCCACACAGCAGAGGAAGAUGCUUCAUCAAGAAGCAAGUCACUGAGCUCUGACAGUAAAAUGACACAUUCAGAUGUGACUGCUACAGAAGAUGUCCCCAAGGGCCUUUUGACAGAGAAGAGCAGCAGUGCCUCUCUCCAACACCGGGAGCCAGAAGAGCACACAGAGCAAGAAACACAGGAGAGCGGAUCCCAAGGCACCUUAAGGAACAGACAUGGGACCAAAGGGCACACAGCCCCAAAGCCAGAGGCUCAGUCCUGCUUGCAGAACAUCACCACCCAAAAUACAGACCCUGAGAAGGCCAAAAAGUCCCUCUGGCUGAAAGGGCUUGCCGUCGUUGUCACUGUACUGCUCUGCUUCUGCCUAUUCUGCUUCGGCAACCCGACCUCCAAGUUCCAGCAAGCCUCCAAGAACCCCACAGUGGAGGCCUUCCUGUCCCAGUUCAACCAGCUGCAGGACAGGUUUCCGGGGCAGAGUGGCCACCUGUGGCUUCGCGGGCGCAAGUUCCUGCAAAAGCACCUCAACGCGUCCCACCACACGCAGCCAGCCAUCAUCAUCUUCACGGCUGCCCACAAGGCUGAGCAGACCUUGCGAUGCCUUAGCGCCCAGGUGGCUGACACCUACUCAGCCGCCCUGCACGCCAGCACAGUCCAGAUCGAUGGCAUGGGUAAAUCCAGGCUUCAGAGUGAUCAGGCCAAGCUGGAGGUGGACUCAGAGCUGAGCUCAGCUUUCCGGGCUGGAGGUCGUGCUGCGGUGAUACACCGCUUCGAGUUGCUGCCGGCAGAGGCCACCCUCAUCUUCUACAAAUACUGCGACCACGAAAGUGCUGCUUUCAAGGAUGUGGCCCUGCUGCUGACCGUGCUGCUGGAGGAGGAGACACUGGAGACCCAGAUGAGCCUCCAGCAGGUGGAAGAGAGGGUCCGUGACUUCCUCUGGGCCAAGUUCACCAACACCAGGACCCCUAGCUCCUACGACCACAUGGACUCUGACAAGCUAAGUGGGCUGUGGAGCCGCAUCUCCCACCUGGUCCUACCAGUCCACCCAGUGCAGGCCAUUGAGAAAGGGAGCUGCCAUUUCCACACCAAAUCCUAG